AUGAGAAAGCCUGAAAUAAGUCGCCACCUCCAACAAAUCUGUCUGCCCCAGCAGACGAAAGAGUAUCUCCUUCUAUCAGCAGAUACCGAUACCAGCACUCACGAGGAGAAUCGCCAAAGAUAUGUGUCCACGCUCAAAAGUUGGUCUUCCUCCUGGCCAAACGGAUCACUUGAUUCCGCCAGUCCCCAUCCGGUGCUGGUGAUGAAGCAGCAUCUGGAUCAACUGAGCCAAUUGCAUGAAGCUCUAUCUCUUGCUAUUGAGGAUAUUAUUGAGCGGUGGUGGACGGACGAUGGAGCACGGUUUCCGGAGAGAAUGCCCUUGGAGGCUGAGGAAGAGGAUCUUCUGCGCUGGCUGCACCAGAACAGACUACUACGAUCAUACAAGGAAUGUCAAGGAUCCUGGAGACCGGACUUCCUUUUGGAGCACGAUGCGGACUCGGGCAUUGAGAACUUCCGCAUCUGUGAGAUCAAUGCCCGAUUCUGCUGGAAUGGAUAUAUGCAUGCUGCGUUUGGUCAAGAGGCAUACUCAGUGUUUGAUCUUAAGCAAAGAGGACUAAUCAAUGCAGCCGACCCGGGAACGAUUCUGAGAGGUCUGCUUGGGCAAUUCGAUAGCAGGCACCCACUGCAUAUUGUCAAGGGCAAUGAGCGUGGUAUUGACGUCUACAUGUUUGUUGAAUUCUGCCAGCGUCUCGGUAUCAAGACGCGAUUGAUUACUCCCGACAGUCUCCGGUUGAUUCCCCAUCAGGAGGGACAUGAUGGCUACAAGCUAUUCUGUCUUACUCCAGAUAACCCCCCUUGUCGUGGAGAGAAAGUCGAAGAGAUCCACCAACUCGGGCUGGAGCUUCAGCAGCGCGAACUCCGCACGUUGUCACCCGAGAUGAAGCGGCAAAUCAGUCUCCGGGGCUUCAACGACAUGCGAGCAAUCCUCCUCACGCACGACAAGCGAAUGCUAGGAAUCAUCCUGCAAGAGCUGAACUCAUUAGUAACGAGAAACAUUCUCUCAGCUGAGCAGGCGGCGCGUCUCGAGAAAGGAAUCGCACCCACUAUCCUCCCGGGAUCACCGGAACUGGAUGACCUGAUCGACUGCUCCCGUGCGUCGGAGCAGCUGAAAGAUGAGUACAUCCUAAAGCCCGUUCGAAGCGGAAAAGGUGACGGCAUCCAGUUUGGCGAUCAGCUUAGCCACGCAGACUGGCAAGCAACGCUGGAGGAGUUGCGAGACGCCCAGCUGAAACCGGGGUUAACCCUGUAUGUCGUACAGCGCAAAAUCUACCAACCCCUGUACGAUGUGAUGCUCGGAUCGGGACAGUCAAUGUCAUGCCAUAAGGUUGGGACAUACCACGCUGUCAAUGGACGGUUUGUGGGACUGGGGACUUGGCGAUGCAGCCCUGGUAGGCUGUGUGCGGUUUGUGAUGGGGCUUCUUGGAUUACAUCCGUUGUUCGUGAGGAGUGA